AUGAUCACAUUUACCUUGAAGUGCGCCGGUUUUGGCGUCGGUUACCUCUACCCGACGUACAGUGCGCUCAAACUCCUCGAUCGCAAGGUGAUUGGACCGGAAGAUGUGACGUUGUGGUUGACCUACUUCAUCGUCGCGUUCUCGCUCGUGAUCGGUGAAUCCAUCGGCUUGGUCUCCUGGAUCCCGGCGUACCGCAUGCUCAAGAUUUUGUUCUGCGCGUGGAUGGUCAACCCGAGGUUCAAGGGCGCCAUCACCGUCUACAAAAAGGGCAUUCAGCCCGUCUUCCACCAGCUGUCUCCAUCCAUCGAUAAACACACCGAGAACUUGAAGAAGGGUGACUUCGCGGCCAUCCAACAGGAACUCGGCCCGCAAUUCGCCCGGGUUCAGGAGCUCGUGAAGAAGCACGGUCCCGAAGCGAUCGAAAAAGCCUUGAACUUGGCGGGUAAGGGUGGCGACAAGAAGAAGCCCGAAGCCAACGGCAAGGCGGAGUAG